AUGGCUUUGACGUCGUUAAUCCCCUCUUCCAUCCGCAGUGAGCUGGCUACCUCGGAUCCUCGCUGGCGUAGCAAAACCAUCCUUCACCUCAUCACGAUCAACCUCGCGCUCGUUGCAAUCAUCCUCUUCGCUACAUCGAUAGAACUUUGGGAUGGGAACUUCUUCCAUGCGACAGGUCCAAGCCGAGGAGACUGGACCGAUGGCUUUCCCCUCGCUCCACUAUGUGCUGCGUUCAUUUUCAGCAGCGCCUCAGUCAUCAACACCUUCGUGCGACAGAAGCGCCUCCCCAUUCUGCUGAAUAUCAUCACUUAUGCAUUCAUUAUCAUCAUUCUCUUUGUCGCCAUAGUCUUUGCAGGAGUUGGAGGCCUGUUUCCUCACUGGCAACCCGAAGUUACGCGCUCGAGCAACGGAGCCGUUAUUUGCAAUUCGCUUAACAUGUUCACCCGCGAAUGCGAGCCCAUGAUCUAUCGAAUUGGAGAGUUGCAGAUUGCAGCCAUCAUCUUCAGCAUUUUUGUCUGGCUCAACACGACCUUCCUGACCCUCAUCUCUAUCCAGGAAUGGCGAGACAUGAAAGCCGGCAAGAACCACCAGCUACGAAAACUCGAGCUCUAUAACCCGGACUACGGCCACGGAGGCAGGACGGGCAGCCGCCUACCCUUCCGCGGAUCCGUCGGCCGGAUGAGCUACCUCAAGCCACCAUCCCGACAUGGAUUCAGCCGAUAUAGUCGUACGCACAACGUCUCGACGGACACGAGUAAAACGGUACCAUUCGUCUUUGUUACGGAUCAAGAACCAAGCUAUCCGCCUCCCAUCCGUUAUCGCUAG